UCAAGAUUUGCUGUAUCGAUUACAACACGUUUAACGGAGCAAAAUGCUUGUACGAUGUUAUUUGUCAGCUGAGUGAAUUAAUCAGUAUAAAAGACAGAUCAGUUUCAUAAAAUAAUUUACACGUGAUAGUCGAUUGCAAGUACGCCUAUCAAAGAUCUAUGUUUAUUUGUUAAAAAUGGCAGACAUCCCAAAGCCGACUGGUCUUGACUGGGUUAAGCUCCGCGAGGAGAUGGAUCAGAUGUAUGUUGUUGAAACAUUUUGGGAGAGGACCAUACGAAAAUGCAAAGAAAAUCCACUGGUUCCUUUUGGUGCAAUGGUAACUGUUGGAGCGUUAACGUACGGUUUGUAUAACUUUUACUUAGGCCGUUCCAAAAUGCAGCAGAAUAUGAUGCGUCUUCGAGUGGCGGCUCAAAUGUUCACUGUAUUCGCGGCAGUCGGGGGUAUGAUCAUGGCUCUCCCUAAAGAAAAGAAAAAUUUGGAGGGAUUCAUCGAGAGGGGCAAAGAGAAGUCUAUUCAGUAAUACACAGUACAAAUGAUUUUCCUCUGCGAAAUGUUUAAAAAAUUUACUAUAUGUUAUAAAUAUUUUGUACUUGAAAACUGAAGAGUCGAAGUAUAACUUCAUAGUGUUUUGCGAAAUUAUUUUUAAAAUAAUUUAGAAGCUUAGAAGUUGAACGUAACUACUCAUCCACAUGUUCCAAAUUACUUUUUAGCUGUUCUCUUAGUUAGGACAUGUUUUUAGCUAUCGUAAAUAAUUGUAAGUGUUUUUUUUUAGUAAUAAAUUACGUUUAAACGAUAUAAUUAUAUUACUUCAUAUAUCAUUUAGUUUUAUUUUUAAACCUUUACUUCAUUACAAAGAAAUGAGUUAUUUUUUAUUUUUACUAACAAGUGCUUUAAUCUUUUACAAUCAAAAGAAUGACUAUUUGAAAAGCUUUUUAAAAUUUUGCGAGCUUACGUUUGAGAUAAUAAAUUUGCGUGCGUUAAAAUUUAUUUGCAAUUCCUGUGAAACUUUACAUUCUGGUAAUGUCAGAUAAGCAACAACUGUUUCAUGGCAGGUGAAAGUUAUCUACGUUUUAUCAACUGCGUUGCGAAUAUAAUUAGCGACUUAUUGAGGAAGUAUUAUCAGACGUAAAACUUCUUUGAGACUCAACAGGUAUCACUAGACUUAUCUUCAAUUGUAAGUGUACUGAUUAAUCUAGCCUUCUAUCGACAAAACUAGUUGUGCACAAUCAUUAGUUUCAAACGAUUACAGCAAAAUUAAACAAAUUAUAACUUUAUUAUAUGUGUAUUCAAAGAAAAAUUAGUUAUAAAUUAUCUCUCAAAUUUAAGUUUCAUACUUUACUGUAAAAUACGAAAACUCUAUUGAUCUGAUUAAGCACAGCAUAUGUUUAAUAGUUCUUUCGAGUCAGCAAUUAAUCAACGCUUUUUCUCAAAGAAUUAAAGUCUAAGCUUUUCUUGAUAAGCCGCGAAUGACCGUUGAUUCUUGGUUGCUCGUAUUAUCUGUCACAAUCCUGUUUUUGCUAAUGAAAAUGAAUUACAGAUUUCCUUUUUUUUCGAACACAAUGAGCAAACAGCUGUUGAUUAUUUUCUUCUUGACCUUCAUUGCCAUUGGUUUUGCACAACAUGAUUGCCCGUGCCACAGAAAUUAUGAUCCAGUAUGUGAUAACUUUGGAAACCAA